GUUGCUUCCCAAAGCUUUCAAAAGCUCUGAACUCAAAAGGACUUCUCUUUCCUUUUAUCAGAUAUUUAUUAAGACAAUUUUGGUACUAUUCAUUUUUUCUAAAGCUAAGAAGGUUUGGUGCCUCAGAUGCAUAUUGAUUGAAAAGGGAAUCUCAGCAUGUAUUGUCAGAAAUGGAUUUCUUUUGCUUUGACCCUCCUUCAGCUGGGACCAUGUCUUCCUUGCAUGCACAAUUGUAACACCAAGGACACGGAGCAAGGUUUGAUGAGAUCUCCAGGUGUGAAACAUAGCCACAUUCGGAGCUUGCUGGUUGCACAGGAAAAAAUGAUGUCAACACUUCCUUUGAAAUCAGGCCAGUUGAAGUCUGACUUAGGCAAGCAAGAUAAUUCUCUGAAUGACAGUGGCCCACAGUUCUUGGAUGGACCUUAUGAAGCCACUGUUCCUGAAAUGUCUCCAGAAGGUACCUCAGUGAUUCAGGUGACGGCGACAUAUGCAACAGGUGUUCGACUGAUUUAUAGUAUUCCUUCAGAACAGCCCUAUUUUUCUGUGGAACCAACUUCAGGAGUGGUCAGAACAGCUUACCCAGGGGACAGAGAAACUCAGGAUAGGUAUUUUGUUGUUAUCAAAGCUACAGUUGAACAAACUGGUGGAGCUUCAGGAACAACAACAGUAACUAUUAACCUCACUGAUGUUAAUGACAAUCCUCCUCGUUUUCAGCAUAAGCGCUAUGAAAUGAAUGUAUCUGAGGCAGAUCCUGUGGGCAUCAUCCUUGGCAAAAUCAUGGCAAAUGACAGCGACAUAGGAGAGAAUGCAGCCAUGGAUUAUAUAAUAGAAGAAGAUAACCCUCAUAUCGUUCACAUCAUUACUAAUAAUGAGACUCAAGAAGGGAUUGUCAUAUUGAACAAGAGAGUCGAUUAUGAGAGCCAACGGGUAUACAAAAUAAAAGUUAAAGGUAUUAACAGACAUGUUGAUAAGCGCUUCCUUGAAAAAGACACUAAGUUUGAAGAUGAAACUAUUCUCAGGAUCAUAGUGAAGGAUGCUGAUGAACCUCCAGUUUUCGUAUCAGAGGAAUUCUUCAUGGAGGUUGCUGAAGACAAUCUGAAUGGCUCAUUUGUGGGAACUGUGAGUGCCAGAGAUCCAGAUGAUAUCAACAGUCCAAUCAGAUAUUCUAUUGCCCACAGCAAGUACUUAAAGACAUUUUUCAGCAUUAAUGCCCACAAUGGAACAAUCAGUAUAAUUGGACCUCUGGACCGAGAGAAAGAGAUUUGGCACAACCUAACUGUUACUGCCACAGAAUUAAUAAACCCAAAACAAAUGUCAGAAGUAAAUGUUUAUAUUAAAGUUCUUGAUGCAAAUGAAUAUGCACCAGAAUUUGCAGAAUACUAUGAGACUUACGUGUGUGAGAAUUCAAGAUCUGGAAAGCUCAUCCAGACAAUCAGUGCAGUGGAUAAAGAUGACCCCAUGGAAAGCCAUCAUUUUUCAUUCUAUUUGAUGGAAGAGGGCAAAAACAGUUCCAGUUUUGAACUUGAAGAUAAUGAAAAUAACACAGCCAGAAUCCUUACCACAAGAAGUCGGUUCUAUCAUUCUGAACAAUUUCUUUUUCCCUUGCCAAUACUAAUUGUGGACAAUGGAAUCCCUCCUCUCACCAGCACCAGCACCUUAACGGUCACUGUGUGUGAUUGUAAUGAAGAAGUUAGCCUUCUGUCAUGUAGAUAUGGAGCAUUCCUGAUUUCAAUGGGGAUUAGCGUACAAGCUUUAGUUGCUAUUGUGGCUUGCCUACUCAUAAUAUUAGUAUUUGUUCUAGCAGUUGUGGCUUUGAAGCAUCAAACAAAGCCAGCACCAUUUCAUGAGAAAGGAGAAAUAUUUAGAGAGAAUAUUUUUAAGUAUGAUGAUGAAGGAGGUGGAGAACAGGACACUGAGGCUUUUGAUAUUUCUGCCCUGAGACCACAAACUAUUCUGCGAAAACACAAGCCACGAAGAAAUAUUACAACAGAGAUCCAGAGUCUUUACAGGCAAUCUCUUCAAGUUGGCCCUGAAAGUGCAAUAUUCCGGGAAUUCAUUAAUCAAAAGCUAGAAGAAGCCAACUGUGAUCCAGAUGUUCCUCCUUAUGAUUCCCUCCAGAUUUUUGCUUUUGAAGGAACAGGUUCAUUGGCUGGGUCCCUUAGUUCAUUGGGAUCAAACUCAGUGGGAUCUCUUAUGGAUGACAAUUAUGAUUACCUUGUUGAACUAAGGCCUCACUUCAAAAGUACAGGAAGCAUGAAUAGCCAUAGCUCAGCAGAAAUGGUGAAGUGUUAAGAACUGCUUAUACAUAAAAAGUGAGAAAAAAAUUGGAAAGAUGAUUAGGAUAAUCUGAAAAAUCAGAACACGGAGAAAUUGAUGGCUCUGCCAAGCACUGUUAAACUCAGCACAAAUCUUAUUGUUUCAACUGUACUGAAGGCACAUCCUUUUCUAAUACACCAUGUCACAACUAAAAAAUUUAGAUCAGCACAUGGGAAUAAGAGAUCAGCCACAUCUACUCUUGAAAAAAAUAACAAAUUUUGCUUUUUCCUCUAAAAGUCUAGUCUCAGAUUCUCUUCCAUGCCUUAGCAGGCAUAGGGAUAUUUUAUUUUGUAAAGAUCUUCUUACUAAAAUAUUGAUCUCAGAACCUGAGCAGAAACUAUAUUUUUUUUAAGAAACAGUUUUCAACAAAACAAAAACCAAAUCCUCUACAGAAUGGAAUUUCAAUUUUUGAACUAUUUACAAAAAUGUAGAUAUAUUGACUACAGUUUAAUUACCAUAAUAAACUAAUAUAUAUAUAUAUAUAUAUACACACACACA